GAUGAUAAUCAAACAUCAAUUAAAAGGACAAGAUGAACUUAUUGUAAAAUGGAUACCACUUUCGUUGUAAUACGGAAACACUUGUGCCAUAUUUGCAAGUUGAGCAAACAAACACAAUUCUACUUCAAAAAAAAAAAAAAACAGUCAGAUAAUCGUUGACAAACCAUCAUAUGCACACUUCAAGCAUCCACUAAAUUUAUAUCUACCGGUAGAAGAAGAUAGAGACUCUGCAACUGCAAAUUUGGAGUUAAAAAUGGGUUCAGAAAUAGAAACAGAGGUGAUUCACUCUUGGUCUGCUCCCAGAUCGUUAAGCACCAGCCUCAUGUACUCUUUUGCUCAGAGGGAUGAUACAGAAGUGCUUGAUGAACCUCUAUAUGCACAUCAUCUUAAGGUAACAGGCGUUGAUAGACCAUAUAGAGAAGACCUUCUUUCACAAAUGGAGUCUGAUGGAAAUAAAGUUGUGAACAACAUCAUAUAUGGACCCGGAGGAAAAAAGUACCGAUAUUGUAAGCAUAUAUCAAAACAACGUCUGCCCGGUUUAAGCGAUGAGUUGAUAAAGAAAGGAAAACACUUUAUACUGAUUCGAAAUCCCCUUGAUAUAUUGCAAUCUUUCGACAAGGUUGUCCCCUCAUCCUUCCAUGAACUAGGGUUAGGAGACCUCGUUUCUAUAUAUAGUGAAUUAUGUGCAGCAGGAAACCGCCCUCCGAUAAUUGAUGCUGCCGAACUUCAAGAAGACCCUGAGGCUGCUUUACGUGGUCUUUGUGAAGAUCUUGACAUUCCGUUUCAGGCUUCAAUGCUCAAAUGGGAAGCUGGUCCAAAAUCUGUUGAUGGCAUCUGGGCUCCAUGGUGGUACAAAAGCGUGCACAAAUCUACAGGCUUUUCACGAGCCGUAAAUUAUCCUCCCGCUUUUCCACGAUCACUUUACGAACUGCUGGAGCAAAGUUUACCGUUUUAUAACAUGCUUAGGUGUCACGCAAGACAAAAACGAUAUCCCAAGCUUGUAAAGCCAUCACUUCCCGUUCCCGCUAAUGAAAAGAUUCUUGUUUGGGUCGGGGAUGAACUUUUACCCCGUGACAGUGCAACGGUUUCGGUAUUUGACUCGGUUGUCCAAGGUGGUGACUCGGUAUGGGAAGGACUUAGAAUCUAUAACGGGAAAGUUUUUAAGCUUGAAGAGCAUUUAGAUAGGUUAUUUGACUCGGCAAAAGCUCUUGCGUUCAACAAUGUACCAACUCGUGAUUAUGUUAAGGAGGCCAUAUUCAAGACACUAAUUAGAAAUGGGAUGUUUAACAAUUCACACAUUCGUUUAAGUUUGACACGUGGCAAAAAGGUUACUUCAGGGAUGAGCCCGGGUUUUAAUCUGUAUGGAUGCACCUUAAUAGUUCUCGCAGAGUGGAAACCACCAGUCUAUGAUAAUACAGGGGGUAUUACUCUGGUGACUGCCACCACUCGUCGUAAUUCACCAAAUAAUUUGGAUUCCAAAAUUCACCACAACAACCUCCUGAACAAUAUACUUGCAAAGAUAGAGGGGAACAAUGCAAAUGCCGAUGAUGCGAUCAUGCUUGACAAGGAUGGUUACGUGUCCGAAACAAACGCGACAAACAUCUUCUUGGUGAAGAAAGGCAUUGUUAUGACCCCUCAUGCUGAUUACUGUCUUCCUGGCAUCACUCGCGCAACUGUGAUGGAGCUUGUGAAGACGGAAAACUUGGUUUUGGAGGAGAGACGUAUCAGUCUAUCCGAAUUUCAUACUGCAGAUGAGGUUUGGACUACUGGAACUAUGGGAGAACUCAGCCCGGUUUUAAGGAUCGAUGGACGUACAGUUGGCGACGGUACAGUGGGACCCGUUACUAAAAGAUUGCAAAAUUCUUUCAAGAAACUGACUGAAGGACUUGGAGUUCCUAUACCCACUUAUCAACAACCAGCCUGAAGAAUCUGGCAGGAGACUGGACUGGUUGACCAAUGACCAUGAUCGAGAUCAAAGUCGAAGUCGAGAGUUUGUAAAGGUCGUUAUGUUUGUAGUUUGAUGAUCAUGAUCCUAAUAAGCUUGACACAUAUCAUGUGCUAUGCAAUGUAACAUUUUGGACAAUAGGCAAAUUGUUACAAAAUGUAAUCAGACUGUUAUCUGUUAUUGUAAACUUGAAAUAAAAACACGAGUUGAUCAA